AUUGAUUGCUUUAACCGAUAUUUAAAAUGAAUAAUCUCACAUCCCUAAUAUAAACCCUCUUUCCGUUGUAGCCUCUGACGAAAGGAAGUGAAAAUGGCUGCACAUAAAUCGUUUCGGAUCAAGCAGAAAUUAGCUAAAAAGCUAAAGCAAAACCGAUCAGUACCACAAUGGGUUCGCUUGCGGACUGGAAAUACUAUCCGGUACAACGCCAAGCGUCGUCAUUGGAGGCGCACUAAGUUGAAGCUGUAAAUUUGUGGAAAUGCAGCUUGUGUAAUUUCAAUUUUCCAAGAAUUAAAUAAAUGUAUUGAAAUACAGACAUAAAAAUCAGAUAUAUACAGAUA